AUGUCGGGGGUCUCAAUGCCAUCUUCGAGCAGGCCCCGACCUUCUCGAUCAUGCCACAGAUGUGCGCGGCGAAAAGUAAAAUGUGAUCAGGUUCGGCCUCGAUGUGGUAGAUGUAGCCAAGGAAACCUGGAUUGUCAAUACGAGACGGGGAACAGAUAUGGCAGUCAACAGCUCACUUUCAUAGAUGAGACCUCGUCGGUUGCGGCGGACUAUGCUUCUCUUCGUGGUAGAGUACACCGGCUGGAUGGGAUUUUACAGGACAUGAGGAGUGGGGCUCUGAAGCAGGAAGAUUCGACAAAUUCAUCCCAGGCCCCAGGAGGGCAAGACGAGCUGAAUGGCCAUCUCUACCUUGGACCACAGUCAAAGAGCCGAUACGUCACGCCUGACUUCUUCGCCAUGAUAAGUCAGGAAGUCACCGAAAUAAAUCAGCUGCUUCAGAAUCAACAGGUUUAUUCCUCACAUGCCGAUGUCUAUAACCCGAGAAGCCCCUCUCAAACAGAGCUUCAAGAGUCAGAAGCUGCAUACAGCGGCCGAUAUCGACAAGCUUCGUUAAGUACUGAAGAAAGCACUUCUCGAAGUAGAACAUUGACUGGGCAGCUAUGCGGAGAUAUUUUCCCUCCACCGCCUGUUUGGUCUUCAGAACUCAAUGCCCCCAGAUAUGCGACAAGGAGACGCAGUGCAAGUGACCUGAUGGAAGAUUUGCCAUCUAAAGAGCAGUGCGAAGCCCUGAUCUGGAUUUAUAUGGAAGGCUAUCACACCAUCUCUCCUCUCUUCCAUGGACCUACAUUCUUGCAAGAGGCUCAGAAAUAUAUUGCGGGACAUGAUCCGGCAGAUCUCGACCUGGACAUUCAUUUCCUUGCUCUCUUGGCAGCUGUACUCUUCGCAGGCUGUGCAAUAUCCUCGCGGAGACGACUCGCCGAGAUAUUUGAGGGACGGUCGAGAGAAGACGUCUCAUCUAGUUUUUACCAGCGCGCUGUGCGAGCCAUCAGAUUAACAAACUUCCCCCAGUCUCCUUCAUUACAUACAUUGGCUGCCUUCAUGAUAGUAGAUACAAUUUAUCUGAGGGAAGAGCAACCUUUAACGUGCUGUUCCUUUGUCGGUUUAGCUACCAGAGUGGCACAGAUGUUAGGCCUACACAAAGACCCAGCUAGCUUUCCAGAUCUUUCCGUAAUCGACAUUCAAGUUCGUCGACAGCUCUGGUGGUCCUUGGUAGCCGUCGACGUACAAGUAGCACUCGCAGCCGGUCUACCUCCCAUCAUAGACUGCACAACCUGCAAAGUCCAAGAUUCCAGCGAAGCUCCCGAAGACCUACCACAUCUCGGAAUCCCAGCACAGGACCACCAAAAAUCAAUACUCGGCGUGCUUGUCAGAGGGAAAGUUGAAUUCUACAGGAAAACGAGCAGGAUUUUGAGUGUGAUACACUCGAAUAGGUUCUCUCGUGAAGAUCUAGAUCAUAUUCUCAGUUUGAUACAUGUUAUCAGAUCAGACUUGUAUUCACGUAUCGAGCAGAUUACUGAGAUCGAGUCCAAAUUAGCUUCUCAGGACGAGUUGCUAAAUGGUCAUGAUAAUAUGUCAAUGCUUCGACAAACGCAAUCGAAUCCAGUUCUGGCACAAUUCGGAAAGGCUGUGCUCACUCUUCUGUCCGCAAAACCAUAUGCUAUUAUUCAGGGACCUGUCAGAAGACAGAAACUAGAAACAUACUUGGAAGAGAAAGAUCCGCAAGCAAUAGCAGGCUGCCGAAAAUACCUCCACGGCUUCCUAAAAAUCACACAAAACCCCUCCUUCCAACCCUGGCACUGGCGCUGGCCAGGCCAACACCAACCCCUCCACAGCAUCAUGGCCCUCAUAAUCUCACUCUCCACAUCCACAUCCUCAUCCACCACCAACACCACCUCCUCCUCCUCUUCACACACAGAUCCCAACUCCCCCCUCGCCCGCGAAACCCGCAAACUCAUCGACCUAGCAAUCUACAUGUGCGGCCCGCAAGAAAACAACGGCAUCCAAUCGACCGAGGACGGACACUGGGAUUCUCGACCGCUCAGCACAGCGGGUUCUAAAGCUUGGGAGUUCAUUAGAGAGGCGAGGAGGAGGGCGUGGGUUAAAGCUGGGUUGGAUCCCGUGGUGCUGAAUUGUCCCGUGAGGGCGGAGGAUAUUUUGCUUGAUGAGGAGGGGGGCUUGCUGGAGGGGAUGGUGGAUGUGGAGGGGGAGGGGGAGGGGAUGGGGAUGGGUAUGGAGUUGGGGAUGAGGAUGGUCGAGGUGCCGAUGGAUUUGUUGGGGGGGUGGAUGGGGAUUGAUGGGGAUGGGGAUGAGUAUGGGGAGGGGUGGCUGAGUGGUGGGAUUGGGAUUGGGGAUGGGGAUGGGGAUCCUGAUGCGGGGUUUACGUUUGAUCCGUCGCUGUUUUUUACGGGUGAGAUUUGAUGGGUUGGGAAGGAGGGAUCAGGGAUUGGGGGCUGUUGGUGAGGGUUAUUUAAUUCUUGAGAGCCUAGUCAACUAGUUCUGAGGGCACUCGGCUCUGAGGGGUGUCUAGUUCACUUGUCUGUUUCUAUAGGACCAGUAUUCGGAGGACAUCAAUGAUUUGGUUCAAGUACAGUGUUAUAUUUAGACAUCAACUUUUGAAAUAAAAGCUCCUACAAGCAGGAU